UUUUUCGUGGUGUGUGUAUUUGUGAAGCACGGCUCCAUCACCAUCUGCAGACGCUGUUGGAUUUAUUGUACUUUUACUUUUAUUUCUAAUAUCUGUAAAGAAAACAUCAAACAUAACUUUUCAGCUAAUUUUCUAUAUUAAUAUUACGGUCUAGUACAAAUCUUCCAACAGUCGGUUCUUUGAAGAAACUCAUCCGUGUAUUGUACUAUUACAGACUUGUGGGUUUCACGAAUCGAUCUCAUAAAAGCAAUAUGGAAGGAAACUCUACGUCGGACAUCGUGAUUCUAAGCGGCAAUUCGCACCCAGAAUUAGCGGAAUUGGUCGCCAACCGACUUGGCGUCCGUAAAGGAGGUUGUUCUGUUUACCACAAAACAAACAGAGAGACCAUGGUGGAGAUUGCUGACUCGAUUCGUGGGAAAAACAUCUACAUUGUUCAAACUGGUACAAAGGAUGUCAACAAUAACAUAAUGGAACUGCUUAUAAUGGCUUAUGCAUGCAAGACUUCAUCUGCAAGGUCCAUUGUAGGGGUGAUCCCAUACUUGCCUUACAGCAAGCAGUGCAAAAUGAGGAAACGAGGUUGCAUUGUCACUAAACUAUUGGCAAAGAUGAUGUGCAAGUCAGGGUUGACACACAUCAUCACCAUGGACCUACAUCAAAAGGAAAUUCAGGGCUUUUAUGAAUGCCCUGUGGAUAAUUUGAGAGCUUCACCCUUUCUCUUGCAAUACAUUCAAGAAAGUAUUCCAGAUUAUCGUAACUCUGUGAUAGUGGCGCGGAAUCCAGGCUCCGCUAAGAAGGCAACCUCGUAUGCGGAGCGUCUUCGGCUGGCCAUCGCCGUCAUACACGGAGAGCAGAAGGAGGCCGAGAGUGAUGAGGUUGAUGGGCGAUAUUCUCCACCAUGUAUUCCAAGCGUGGACAGGUCUCGCACUAUGGAUGUGUCUGUGGGAGUUCCAGUGCACCCCGCCAAGGAGAAGCCCCCGAUCAAUGUGGUCGGGGAUGUCGGGGGCAGGAUAGCUAUCAUGGUGGACGACAUGAUCGACGACGUGCAAUCGUUCGUGGCCGCGGCGGAGGUGCUGAAGGAGUGCGGCGCGUACAAGAUAUACGUGCUGGCGACGCACGGGCUGCUGUCGUCGGACGCGCCGCGCCUCAUCGAGGACUCGCCCAUCGACGAGGUGGUGGUCACCAACACGGUGCCCCACGAGCUCCAGAAGAUGCAGUGCAACAAAAUCAAAACCAUCGACAUAUCUGUUCUCCUCAGCGAAGCCAUCCGCCGCAUUCACAACAAGGAAUCCAUGUCGUAUCUCUUCAAAAACGUCACAUUGGAAGACUAGAAGUCAAAUAUAUUUCCGUGUUAUUGUAUAGUAUUAAGUAUUAUUUUUAAGUAUUACUCUCUUGUGUUGGAGACUUAUAAUCAGGGACAGCAUCCUAUGAAAAAUAGUAUUUUUAUAGUAUUGAUUACUUUUAAAUACAUAACAAAUCAAAUUUCUUUGAUUAUAAAGUUCUAAUUUAUGCAUUUAUAUUGCAUUAUGUUUAUUUUAAGAAUUAUUGGAAUAGUUUAGUAAUUAUGGGAUCAAAAAUUGGGUAACUGCCACAUACAUUUAUUUGUGAUUUUAAGUUGCUUCAACCAUUUCAGGUAUAAUUUAUUUAAUUUUUUAUGUUUGCACUUAAAAUCGUCUCAUACGUUUUAUAUUGUUGGUUGUUGCAAGUCACACCAUUAUUUCAAUUUGUGUGCACUGAUUGGACUUGCAUUGUUUAAUUGUUAUGUUGAUGAGUCACCAAACGUUUGUUGCUAACGUUUUAAACUUAGAAAAAAUUGUUGUAAAUAAAUUAUCUCACUGAGCUAUUUACACCUUUUAAAAGCAAAUGUAUAGUAUAUAAAAGUAGAGAAGCCACAGAAUGUAUUUGUAUUAUUAAAUAAAUAACAAGGAAUUUA